AUCAUUUAUGGUCGAUUCCACAUUGAAUGCAGCCAUUUCAUUGUCAUGUCGAUGAGGUUCCAGGACUAUCUGCAACCAAAUUGUCUCUUCAGUUCAAGUCAUGUCCAUCCCAUAGCAUGCAGGUCGCACAAGUGUAUACGGUCGAUGGACUUGCCUUUCAGGAAUCCCAUUCACCUAAGUCCUUCAAAAUGUGGAGACUGUGUCUUCAGA